GCCUUGAAAAGCAUUGGUGAUGCAGCAGUGGUGGUGGUGUCGCAUUGGGGCGCAUGCCUGCCAGCGUCUUGUGAGCCCACCGAUGUCGCUCAGUUUUUGCAGAACUACUUGCAACGCCCGGUGUUAAGCGUCAACGAAACGGCCUGUCAGCUGAGCAACGUUGGAUCCGGCAGGGCGUUGCACGUCGAUGGUGGAAUGUUUGCUUAUGCUGUUGUGCUAUUUCUGUUUAUUUUGCUGGCCACAUUGAGCACCGCCUAUCAUUGCUACUUGAUUUAUGCGUCGAGAAGUGCCGAUGAUGUCUCGAAACGCGCAUUGCAACAAGAAACAUUGACAAUCGCAUUGUUGUCGUUCUCAGUUAUAGAGAAUACGAAGAAACUGUUUCAGGCGAGUAAAGACCAGAUGGGGCUAAACUCGAUAAAUGGCAUCAAAGCAAUGGCAAUGUUGUUGAUACUUGCCGGGCAUGCGCUGUCGUUUAUCUAUGGCAGUCCCACUUAUAAUGUGGCGUUCGUAGCAGAGCAAACGAAAUUCCCCACAUUUGCAUUCCUCUACAAUUCGCUAUUAUUUGUGGAUACAUUUCUGUUGUUGAGUGGUUUCCUGUUCUGUCGCAUUAUGCUGGUCGAACUGCAUCGUCGUCGUGGUCAAAUAAAUCCGUUGAUUUUGUACAUUGGCCGCUACAUUCGCCUGACACCGGCCUAUAUGGCAAUUAUCGGCUUCUACAUGACCUGGUUCCCGAGCAUCGGCAGCGGUCCGUUAUGGCCAGAGCGCAUCAGACGUGAACAGGAGCGCUGUCAGGCGUCAUGGUGGCUUAAUAUACUCUAUGUAAAUAAUUAUUUCAACACGGAUAAGUUUUGUAUGUUCCAAUCGUGGUAUCUGUCUGUCGAUACACAACUUUUCUUCAUUGCGCCAAUUUUCAUCUAUCUACUAUUCAAAAUGCGCAAAUAUGGCCUUCGCUUGCUGAUUGCAGCUGUCGUUUGUACCACAGUUAUUCCAUUUGUGGUGACAUUUGUGCGGCACUUGGAUCCAACUUUGUUGGUCUAUUCAGACGAAUUAACCGACUUGGCCAGUAAUAAAUAUUACAUUGGUUAUUAUAUAAAAACACAUAUGCGUGCCUCGUCUUAUUUUAUCGGUUUGUUGACUGGUUAUGUCGUGCAUAUUAUGCAGGAGCGAGGCACAAAACUACGCUCUUUGGUUGUACGCCUCGCUUGGUUUACUGCGACUUUGAUCGGCGUUGCAGCCAUGUUCUCAAUAUGCCGGUUCUACCGGAGUCCAUAUACAUACAUAGAGAGUUUUCUUUAUGCCGGAUUUCAUAAAUUAGCUUGGAAUUUAUCGGUGGCGUGGUUGGUGAUGGCAGCAACAACAGGCCACGCCGGCUGGUUGCGUAAUUUCCUAAGCAGUCGCUUCUUCGCACCCAUCAGUAGACUUACCUAUUGCGCUUAUUUGUCGAAUGGCAUAGUGGAGUUAUAUCACUCGUCGAGUCAGCGUUAUGCCACCCAUCAGUCCUAUGUGAACUUGGAGAAUGACAUGUUUAGUCACACGAUAGACACAUUCGUUUUAGCCUUUGUGCUUUGCCUACUUUUUGAAUCGCCCAUACAUGCCUUGGAGCGGAUAUUGUUGCGGAAAGCGGGACGUCCUGAGAAACGCACAUCGUCCACGGAAAAUCGAAGUCCUAGCACGUCAGAGGAGCAGAUGGCGUAACGAAGUAGUUAAAUACUCUAAAUACAAAAAUAAAUGGUUUUCUACUCAAUUUAUUUUUUUUUAUAAAUAUUUUAUAGUACAUAGUUCUAAGUAAGUAUGAUUGAUACUCUUACUAUGUAUUUUAUGACAUACAUAUAAUAUUUUGUGAUGAUUACAUAGCGUUUAAUUUUGAGUUUUAGGAUUUUAUACAUACACAUGUACAAACACACAUGAGAAAUAUUCAUAUGUACAUUUGUACAUAUGUAAAUACAUAUUUAUUGAUGCAUAUGGGUACAGGAAUAAAUUGUAAAAGUAUAAAUUUUUCAUAGUUGUCUAGACAAAUAACUAUACAACUAGGAAGUAAUAAAACUUGCCGCACUAUAAGUCACACAUAUAGUCUCUGAUCUUGUUGUUACAAAAAUUGUCAGGGAGGAGCUGUAUGUUAUCCAAAAAGAAUCGUUGUAUAAAAAAUACUAGUUAUGCUUUUCGCUAGGUUAGAUUUCAAUGAAUGAAUUGAAUAUGUGCUCGUGUAUUCUUAAUUAAGAUUAAAAAAAAAUAAAUAAAAAUGUAAGUAAAUUUUUACGAAAAUAAAUAUAUACAUAGUAUGUAUGUAUGAAUGUUAGUUUGAAAGUAAAUUUAAUAAAAUUCGGGUUCGUUUUUGGGUUCGUAUUACCAAUUGUUUUGACUUCUCGUCUCAUCUUUCAAUAAUGGGCUGGAUCACCAAAAAAAAAAAAAA